AUGCAUCCAACCCCUGAUCUUUCUCACCUGACGCAAGAGGACUUCAAACAUGUGUAUGACCCAGCAGAAGACACGUUCAUCCUGCUCGACGCGUUAGAAGCUGAUGCUCCGCGUCUGGUCAAUUUCCGACCGUUCAUCUGCCUUGAGAUUGGGAGAGUACGUCUGAGAUCCGGUAGCGGCUGCGUUUCGGUGUUCAUUCAACAACUCCUUCGCUCGAUCACAACCCUUCAUUUUUGCACGGACAUUAAUCCACUCGCGUUGAAGGCGACAGCUUCGACGUUUACUCAGAACACACUACCGCAGCCAAAUUUGAUUCAAACUUCACUUGUAGAAUGCCUGCGACUGGAUCGAACGAUCGAGCUUUUAAUAUUCAAUCCACCUUAUGUUGAGACUGAAGAUGAGGAAUACGAUGACGCUCGAGUGAAUCAUGCGAUCUCAGCGAGUUGGGCAGGGGGAAGUGAUGGCAUGAAGCUGACGAACAGACUCUUAGACAACCUCGACCGCAUCUUACAUCCCCAACGCGGAGUCUUUUAUCUUGUAGCCGUCAAGGAGAACAAACCGGACGAGAUCAUCAAACGAAUGGAAAACUCCGGUUUUGCAGCAGUGCGUCGGGCUGGUCGCGAACACUUACAUGUCUUGAGAAUCUCCCGACCGAUUGCUCAUGAAACCCUUAUGGGGAACUGA